AUGUGGUGGUACAACGAGCUGAGCGAUGAGAGCGAUGACGAAUAUUUAUAUUGUGCAAAUUUAAGCGAUGAGGAUUAUGAAAAAUCAUUUUAUUGUGCUAUAAAGCCAGCUAUAAAUGUUGGAAAAAUUUUUGGCUUGUUUCCCAUCAACAUAAAUUCAAAGCAACCUCUCGACAUAACUUUUAAGUGGAAGAAUUAUCGCACAGUUAUAUCCAUCAUUUUUAUAUUAUGGGCUUCUAUGACCGCGAUAUUCACAUUCAAAAAUCAAACGGAAGCUGGACCAUUAACACCUUCAAAUGUGGUUGGAAUCAUAUUUUUUACAAUUUGUACCUUAAUUUCAAUUUUGUUCUUCAAAAAGGCAUUGGAACUUCGGAAGUUGUUGGCAAUUUGGUGGAAAGUUGAGCGGAUAUUCCUGUGUGAGAAGUAUGACUUCCCUGAGAAGCGAUGGACAUUGAAAAAGCGACUCAAAGUGUGCCUUUUUGUAUGUCUAAUAUUUGGACUUUUGGAACAUCUGUUCUAUUUAUCAUCAGAAAUGUACAAAUUUAGUUUCGAAGUCAAGUAUUGCAAUAUUACAAACGUCGACUAUGUUGAAAUGUUCAUCACCAAACAUCUUGGAUUCGUCAUUUUGAACCUUCCAAUACAAUAUAAUCACCUCCUUGGAUUAAUUGCUGAAUAUUUCAACUUUUCUCUUACAUUCUGGUGGAACUAUCUCGAUCUGUUCAUCAUUCUUACUUCGAUGGCACUUUCGGAACUGUUUGAAAAAAUUGUCUAUCGGAUGGAAUGCCUUAAAACAGUUUCGUUAAGUGAUACAACUUGGGCUGAAUUGAGAGAACAUCAUGUUGAAGUUUCAGAUUUGGUUGUUCAUGUGAAUAAGGUGUUUGGAACGGCAUUCAUACUUGCAUGUUGUAAUGAUGGAUACUUUAUUCUUAUCCAAAUGCUGAAUAUCACAACUUCAUUGCCAUUUCUUAUCAGCGUCAUUUACUUCUGGUUUUCACUUUUAUACUUAAUCGCACGAGCAACAGUAAUGAUAACAUUUGCUGCAAAAGUAUAUGAAAAUGCUCGAGAACCUCUAAGCAUAAUCAGAGGCAUAUCUUCAGACGCUUGGUGUGCAGAACUACAAAGAUUCUUCGAUCAAAUUAAGUUUGAAUCUUAUUCAAAUUCGCUGAGUGGCAAAAAUUUCUUCUUUAUGAAUAAGCGACUUUUAUUUUCAAUUGCUGGUGCUUUGGUGACUUAUGAGCUUGUGAUGAUACAAUUUGAUGGGAAGAAGAUAACAUGGCAAGAUGUGAUUGAUUGCAAAGCAUCAACUUGAGCU